AUGAUUUCCCUAGCUCGUGCUUCUGUGUCUGAGGAGGAAUGCAACAAAAAGCUUCUUGAAGUUGGGAAUGAGCUGCUUCAGCAACCCCCAUCGUCUAAAGAGGAGCUUCUGGAGAAACUUGAUGCACUGGGUUCUGUCUCAAACACCAAAAAAAUCAAUUUCCCCAAAGCCUGUAAAAAACAACGUAAACAACGUAAAAGGAAGUACUUUCUAUCACAAGAAGAGGGGGAAGCAACUGAUGAUCCGACUCCUCCAACAAUGACCAUGCAACAUAAUUUAACUCCAAAAGGAGUACACGGAAAUAAGGGGGUCAGGGUUGAUGUGCAUGGCUAUAAAGUAAAAGUGAGCAGUGGUCCCAUACUCACUGCCAUUUUUGCCAAGUAUGGUGACAUUGCAGUCAAUUGUCACUAUAAAUCACUGGCUUUCAGAGCUUCCCUUCUUGAUAUAGUUUGUGAUGUUGUAAGGAGGCUGAAAACCGGUGAUGUUGGCUCUACUUCCAUCAAAGAUAUGAGAGCUUUGGUUUCUGCUGCAGCGAAGGUCAAGCUUGAUGUAACUUGGCUGCAGCAGUAUCUGGAUGAGAUUUCAGAAGAGGGAGAUAUGGAGAAGAAGUUAUCGGAUUUGAUGGAGUUGAGCAAGACUACCAUGCUUGUAUCUAUAGCAGCUAAAAAGGACAUGGUAGAAAGGAAUAGGAAGGUCUUCACUGCAGAGGAACGGCUCAAAAAGGCUGAAAAGCGCUUGCAAGAGGCCCGAAGCCGAGCAGGAGAGGUGGAAAGGUCUGUCAAAGUGCUUGAAACAGUGGGUGAAAAAAUUCAGCAGGACAUCAAGGAGGUUGAGGAUCAAGCACAGUAUCGACUAAGUAGGUUAAAUGAGCUUUUGUAGAGCUGUUUUAUCCUUGCUACUUUUCCUGAACACUAUUGCCAAGUAAAUCUAAAACAUGUAUUAGAUCAACUUUUUAAAUUUGAU